AGCUUCCCACAUACUGAAAGAUGUCAGCAACUGGAGUGGUGUCGUCCUGUUCCUGCCUCCGUCCUGGUGUACGGCUGCUGAAAACGGGAAUGCAGAAGAGGAGCUCCUUCAGCUUACACACAGCAGCCAGGUGUGCUGCCAGGGAGUAUUAUGAAGUACUUGUGUUGGGUGGAGGCGCCGGUGGAAUUGCCAUGAGUGCUCGGAUGAAGAGGAAAGUGGGGGCAGGAAAUGUGGCCGUUGUGGAGCCAAGUAAGACUCAUUACUAUCAGCCACUGUGGACCCUGGUUGGUGGUGGUGCAAAGAAGCUGGCAACUUCUGCACGUCCAACAGGGAGUGUAAUGCCUACAGGUGUCGAGUGGAUCAAAUCUCGAGUUACAGCAUUGGAUCCAGAUAAGAACUGUGUCUGGCUGGAGAAUGAUACCAAGAUAUCCUACAAGUAUCUGAUAAUUGCCCUUGGGAUUAGUCUGCAUUAUGAGAAGAUCAAAGGCUUGCCUGAGGGUUUUAAUCACCCUAAAAUAGGUUCCAAUUAUUCAGUUCAUACGGUAGAGAAAACAUGGAAAGCUUUACAAGAUUUCAAGGAAGGAAAUGCUAUCUUCACUUUUCCAAAUACUCCAGUGAAGUGUGCAGGGGCUCCGCAGAAGAUCAUGUAUUUAUCAGAGGCCUACUGGAGGAAAACAGGAAAACGUUCCAAAGCAAAUGUAAUGUUCAACACUUCACUUGGUGUCAUUUUUGGUGUUAAGAAGUAUGCUGAUGCAUUGCUUGAAAUAGUAAAAGAAAGGAAUAUUACUGUUAACUAUAAGCGCAACCUCAUAGAAGUUCGAGCAGACAAGCAAGAAGCUGUGUUUGAAAACUUGGACAAACCCGGAGUAACUGAAGUUCAUCAGUAUGAAAUGCUUCAUGUCACACCCCCAAUGGGGCCACCUGAUGUGCUCAUCAACAGCCCUGUCUCUGAUGCAAUUGGCUGGGUGGAUGUAGAUAAGGAAACUCUACAACAUAAGAAGUUUCCUAACGUAUUUGGAAUUGGAGACUGCACCAACCUUCCAACAUCAAAAACUGCUGCAGCUGUAGCUGCCCAGUCUGGAGUGCUUGAUAAAACUAUUUCCCUGGUAAUGAAGAACCAGUUGCCAACUAAAAAGUAUGACGGAUAUACUUCCUGCCCGCUGGUAACAGGCUACAACAAGGUGAUUCUAGCAGAAUUUGACUACAAUGCUCAGCCUUUGGAGACCUUUCCCAUUGACCAGAGUAAGGAGAGAGUAACCAUGUAUCAUAUGAAAGCUGACAUGAUGCCUUUUCUCUAUUGGAACGCACUACUCAAGGGAUACUGGGGAGGACCAGCUCCUGUCAGGAAGCUGAUGCAUCUGGGCUUGAAGUAA